AUGGCAUACGUCGCAGGGCCCGAAGAAGAGAGCUGGCACGGCGAAUACACCCUUCCAUUCAACGUCAAAAGACCCGGAAGCCUGGCCUUCAACAACCAGAGUUACCCAGCCAAACGCCCCCGAAAUACUCCUAAAGCUUCACAUCCAUAUGGCAGGCAAGACGAGAUUUAUCCGAGAAGCAAUGGAAACAUCAAUGGUCACCCUUCCCGACAUCUACCGACUCCAGCAAAUCUCCUCCACGAACAAGCCCAGUAUGGGCCCAAUAUCCCACACUCAAACAGGGUGCAGUCUAUGCCAUAUCAUCAAACAAACACGCAGUCAAAUCAGAUGGAGUACCGUUCUCGUCACCCCUCGAUAUCUCCCCUGGCAAACCAAGCACAGGUAAUUUUUGCCAGUUCCCAUCAGUCUAUUCCACAAGGGAACCAUAUAUCGCCUCCAAGGCCAUCUCCGUACGCCGAACCGGAUAUUCGACAAUCCGAUGGCAGAAAAUCCUUGGCCCAGCCUUUUCGUCCAAGCCAAAAUAUCUCAGGCCAGCUUUUUCAGCCACAAAACCCACAAGGCUCUCGCGCCUCCAGUGUUGCACAACCACUACAGGGACACGCAAGUGUCCGUGGAAACAUCGACUUCACAACCCCACGACACCAGAGUGUGCCAGCUUCCCCUGUACCUCACCAGCGGUCCACUCAGUAUGCUGCAUCCGGAGCUGGGGCUUCGCGCCACGCCUCUCAACCUUCUCCACAAGGAUUCCAACCUUCGCCCCAAGGAUUUCAGAAUCCGACUCAAGGAUUCCAACCUUCUCCUCAAGGAUUUCAGCGUUCUCCUCAAAGGCUUCUACUUUCGCCAAUGCAGCCACGUCCAGACACAAUACUACGGACUAAUGUGCGGUCUCAGAGAGAAACUAGCUUGACCAAUGAAGCAAAUAUCCGAAAGCUCCCUAUUGUGAAGCGGACUGGGCCGUUUAUACUUGAUGAUGACGAAGACGAGAUUGGGCAUCCUAAAAGUCUUAUCACCAGCACCGAAACAAGAAGCAACACUGUUAUAGCUCCUCAGAUCUCUAUGCCUUCAAUAAACUUCGCCCAGGGCCGCCGGGGGGCUCGGUCUUUGACCUAUGGCCUUGAUGAUCCUGUAGGUCGGAAAAAAGAUGCUGGAAGCCGAGACCAGAAGAACAAAUCCGCGGUGAAAAGGUCAAAGAAGGACGAAGACGAUGCCUUGGAGAAACUACAAAAGCAAGCUGAAGCUUAUGCUAAAAUCAAGGAGAAAGAGGAUAUGGCGGCCAAGGCCAAGAACACAGAUGCCCUAUUCGAGGAACCCAUCAACGACGCAGCCCAAGCGCGAAUCCAGGCAGACAUACAGAAACAAGAAAUGCGUAAACGAGAGGCUGAGGUCAGAAAAAGGUACAAUGAGGGCCUGGCCCAAGAAUUGGAAACUAUAAAGAAAGAGGAUGCUGAGCGCGAAAAGGCGCGGAAAGAGGCUGAAAGGGCUGAAAGAGCAUCGAAGAAAGCCAAAACUCAAGAGGAACGAGAGGCUAUCCAGAAGUUGCGAGAGGAAGAAGACCAAAAACGACACGACGAGCAAAAACGCAUCGCGGAAGAGCUUCUACGCCGAAAAAGGCAAGAGCAAAGCGAGCGAGAAGCUGUCGUUAUAGAGAAGGAAGCCGCAGCCGAGCGCAAGCGACAGCAAGAUGCGGAAAAUCUAAAGAAAACUCUUGAAGCUUCUAAACUGGCUGCGACAAGCUUGAAGCCAGCCAGAAUGGGGCAAGGUGGACGAGAGAAAGGAGGCGAAAGGGCCCCAACGGAAGCCAUGAAGAUACCUGAGCCCCCAGUCGACGACGACGGAGGACUUUUCGUCCCAGAGCAGGUUGUCAUUGCGAUUCCGGAUGAACCCGCUGCACCAACGGGUAGGAGUGCAGCAGUUCGCCCCAGGGGAGAUAUCCCACGCCCGCCUUUAACACCACCUCCACCGAAGAGCGAUUCUAUCUCGAAUAUAGAGCAGAAAGCAUCCAACAUCGCCGCAACGAUAAAAGAGAUAUCUGGCUCAGAGGCUCUUUCCCUUCGAGCUUUGGCAGGCUGGAAGGGGGCGAGAAAAGCAAACACUGAGACAAAAGUUGCUAGUAUCGUAAUCGAGCACCACAAGGAGAUACUAUCAGCAGAGCAAAAAAAGCGCGACGAAGCUUUGGCCCAGGAACGAGCACGUGAGACAAUCGAAUUGAAGGAGGAUUUUGCAGCCUCAUUCGAAAAGCUUGCCUCAACUCUGAAAGGAGAAGUUCGGGGGGAGCUAAAGGAAGCACUGCAUAAGAUCUUAACUGUGCGACCUCCUACCAUGCCUAUGAAUGCGAGAAAUGGGCUAAACUCGGUGAGGGGUAUGAUAGCCUCUCCAAAGAAGUAUGCCUCGGAGACUCAGUUCUCCCCAGGGCGCAAACCUACCAAGCAACCAAACGACCAUGCGUCAUUAGGAGAAAAGAGCCUAUGGGAUAGUGAGGCGAGGAAGCGCGAGAAGGAAGAAAUACGCCUGGCUGAAAAGGCAAAGAAACGAUUCGAGGUCAAACUCCACAGGGAGAAUGCGGAACAGGGCAUAUAUAUGAGUGAAUAUGAAAUUAGAUCCACCAUAGAGGGACAGGUGAAAGAUUACCGAGAAAAGCGAGAGAAAAAAUAUGAAAAAGAUAAGAGGAUGAUGCCCCAUGGUGGAGGGAGCCCACAUGGUCAAGCCCGUUUUGGGUAUGAAGACGUUGACUUCAAUGAUGGUGGCUCUACUAGACCCAGCAAAUACAACUCUCAGAGCGACAAGGGUCGAUGCGGGGGGGUAAUGGCGCGGUUGCGCGAAUCCAACGGUUCUCUGGGUCAUUUCCAAAAAGCUGCAGCCGCAAAAAUAGUCGACGAUAGAAUGCAGCACUUGGGAGAUGACGACGACAGUGAAAGCGAAGUCUCGGAGGAAGAUCCUGACGAUGACGAGUCAGGCACUACUCUACUAAACAAGCCAAAGUCAGCUGCACCUUCGGGUCGCCUGGACCGUGUUUCUGAUAUCAAAGCAAUGGAAGCCGAUAGAAUGGCGGCCAAUGCUCGGACCUUCGAAUAUGAGAACAAGCCGUCACAGAUGAUAAAGCCCCGCCACCUUCAAGACAAAGAAAUGGUGUACAUCUUUUCGGUGAAACGAUCGGAAAUUAGAGACGAAGAAAAAUCUCUGCCUAUCACUAUAAAACAGUUUUUUGAUAGUGACGAUGCGAAUGAAUUUGCAGAAGAAGAGCUCAGACGAACUCGUUGGGGCCCACCAAUGCUUAGACCUCAGAAAACACAAUGGUAUUCUAAAGAGACAGGACUGUUCAGCGGCAGAGCCUUCAUCGACUCCGAAGAGAACAUGGUCGAAUGUGUUGAUGUAAUGGCAGAUGCCCAAUACAUCGGCGAUUUGGAUGAUUUUGAGCAUGAAAAAGUCAAGGGCAUAUUCAAGCCCAAACUAUAUUUCGUUCUCAAAUCGAUAACCAAGAAGGUUCAAACUCCCAUGGGUUCAGAUGGAGAUGAGGCUAGCGAGAACGAAGCGGCAGAACAAAACAUAGAGACAGACGAGAACGAAGAUGCAGAACAAAACUUGGGGAUGGAUCAGAACGGCGAGAUAAAGCAGCCCAUCAAGGCAGACCAGAAUGGCGAGGCAGACCAAAAUGGUGAGGCAGACCAGAUUGUCAAGACAGAACAAGCCAUAGAGGCCGACCAGGCUCACGUGGCAGAGCAAGCCAUGGAGAUAGAUCAGAAUGGUGAGGCCGAACAAGCCAUGGAGACAGACCAGAAUGGCGAUGGAGAACAAACCAUGGAGACUGACCAGAAUGGCGACACAGAACAAGGCACGGAUACCGAUCAGAAUGACAAUGAAAAAUCCAAUGAUCACCAAAGUGAAAACUCCGGGGAGUCGGGCGGGGACGAAAUCGAUGCCCUAUUCGAAGAAGAGGUAGAGGUUGAACUUUCGGACAGCUCUGGUCAUAUUCUGGCCGCCGAUGUCCAUCGGCUGUCUCUUGACUCCAAAUCUCCUGAAGCGAAACCUGAAAUGAUACUCACUCAAACCUUCAAGAUGCUUGACGUGUAUACUGAUCGUGAGCUGGCCAACAAGCGGGCUUCCGAGAUAUUUCUCGCAGAAAUUAGGCCUGUCGGAGGCGAUAUUUCCCAGCUUGUUGCGUUUCAAAAUGACGCUGAGAAGCCAGUCAGAGACAGUCUGGAAAGCCACAAUAGAUCCGGAGAAUUGUUCUCAGCGUCAAACAAUUAUGCAAACAGUGGUGAGGAGAUUCGGGUCUGGGUAGAAGACUAUGAGACCAAAGGGCCAUUGAAUUGAGAGACCGAGGAGAGCUUACAAACUCC